UGUGUCCUCCCCCCCCCCCCGCCCCUCUGGCUGCCAGCGCUCGGGGUCUCUUGCGGGCGGGGGGGUUUCCCCGCGUGUCCCAAACACCCUGCGUGGGGCCCGGCGGGGCAGGGCCAGGCCCGGGCAGGAGCCGCCCCUUCCUGCCCCCCCCGGGCCCGGGAGCCCUUCGAGCCCCCCCGAGAGCGUCGGGCCCCUCUGGGCAAAGAGAGAGAAGCCGCCAAAGCCGAGGAGCAGCGGCAAAGCCAGGAGCUGCUGGGUGCUGGGAGCUCUGGGAGCAGGUAAGUCCUGGGCUCUGUCUCCCUCCCCACAUGGCGUGUUAGGUCUGCUAACCGCACUGAAUACAGGGCGUCCCCCCUGCCCCUGCAGCGUGACACGCGGGCUUAGAGCCUGUGAUUCUGUGUCCCCUCGCGGCUGCCUCAGCAAGGGGAAGAGCCUGUUACUCUCUACGGCUGAUACGUCCCACCAGGGCUGUCAGACGUAUGGGCCAGGGGCCAGACCCGGGCUGUCUGACGUAUUUAUGAGGCCACAUCACGUAUGCACUGUGUGCAGAAUCUCAGCUUUCCUUUUUUUUUUUUUAAAGGAGGACGGGGCGUUUCGGGAGCCGGAGCCGGGGUUUGCGGAGCUGGAGAGGAGACUCAGCGAUUUCUCUCUGACAAGGGCCGUCCUGCAGCAGGUGCUACGGGGAUUCAAAGAGACGCUGCGACUGGAGCUGGGGAGUGACGCAGGCUGCAGAAUAACAUCCCCGGGUCCCUCCAGAUUCUCCCAGCCUGCCCGGGGAAGGGAAAUGGGCAUGGCAGAGCUGGCUCAGGGGCUGGUGACCUUCGAGGAGGUGGCUGUGUAUUUCACCAGGGAAGAGUGGGCCCUGCUGGACCCCGCUCAGAGAGCCCUCUACAGAGACGUCAUGCAGGAGACCUAUGAGAAUGUGACCUCGCUGGAGUUUCCCGUUUUUCAACCUGAUGAGCUGUCUCACCUGGAACAAGACAAAGAGCCGUGGGUCCCAGAUCUCCUUGAUUCAGAGGAGACGGAGCGCCUCAGGGGCGCAUACACAGGUGAUGGGAUGCUGAGUGAGAAGGAGGAGCAGAAACCUCAGCACGAAGAUGCUGAUCAAAAGGAAGCACAUGGGGCAUUAUUGCAAAUAUCUCAAGAGGAUGAUUCCAGGAGUCAUGAGCAGAGAGAAGGUCGUGAGAGUCAGCACAGGCCAGAGAGGAAGCAGGGAAACAAGCCAAGGGAGAAAAGGAAUAAAUCCAUUAAUAGUUCGGGACCUCACAAAUGCCUCAAGAAAACCACAGCCCAGCAGAAAAUGCAGGCAAGGGAGAGAAACAACACAUGCUCUGAGUGUGGGAAAAAUUUCAGUAGCCCCUCAGUCCUUCUUAAACAUCAGAGAAUCCACACAGGGGAAAGACCCUAUGAAUGCCGUGAAUGUCAGAAAAGCUUCACUCACAGAUCAUCCCUUAUUAAACAUCGGAGGAUACACACAGGAGAGAGACCCUACGAAUGCCGUGAGUGUGGCAAAAACUUCAUUGACAGCUCAGCCCUUGUUAAACAUCAGAAAUUUCAUGCGGGAGAGAGACCACAUGAAUGCUGUGAGUGCGGGAAAAGCUUCACUCAGAGCUCAGACCUCAUUACGCAUCAGAGAAUCCACACAGGCGAGAGACCCUACGAAUGCAGUGUGUGUGGGAAAAGCUUCACUCAGAGAGCAUCCCUCAUUAAACAUCAGAGAAUCCACACAGGAGAGAGACCCCAUGAAUGCUGUGAGUGUGGGAAAACCUUCACUCAGAGCUCAGGCCUUGUUAGACAUCAGAUAAUCCACACAGGGACCCGAUCCUAUGCAUGCCCUGAGUGUGGAGAAAGCUUCACUCGGCGCUCAAACCUGAUUGUACAUCAGAGAAUCCACACAGGAGAGCGACCCUAUGGGUGCUGUGAGUGUGGGAAAAAAUUCAUUGACAGCUCAUCGCUGAAGAAGCAUCAGAGAAUCCACACGGGGGACAGACCUUAUGGAUGCUGUGAGUGCGGGAAAACCUUCACUCGCAGCUCAAAUCUCAUUACCCACCAGCGAACCCACACAGGAGAGAGACCCUAUGAAUGCAGCGAGUGCGGGAAAGCCUUCACGGACAGCUCUCUGCUUAUUAAACAUCAGAGGAUCCACACGGGGGAAAGACCCUAUGAAUGCAGUGAGUGCGGGAAAGCCUUCACAGACAGCUCAGACCUUAUUAAACACCAGCGCAUCCACACCGGGGAGAGACCCUAUGAAUGCGGCGAGUGCGGGAAAACCUUCACAGACAGCUCAGACCUUAUUAAACACCAGCGCAUCCACACCGGGGAGAGACCGCAUGCGUGCUGUGAAUGUGGGAAAAGCUUCACUCAGAGAUCCUGCCUUAUUAAACACCAGAGAAUCCACACGGGGGAAAGACCCUAUGGAUGCUCUGAGUGCGGGAAACACUUCACUUGGCGAUCCAACCUUAUUACGCAUCAGAAAAUCCACACAGGGGAGAGACCCUACGGGUGCCGUGAGUGCGGGAAAAAAUUCAUAGACAACUCAGCACUUAUGAAACAUCAGAGACUCCACCUGGGAGCCAGACCUUAUGAAUGCGGUGAGUGUGGGAAAAGCUUCACUCGGAGCUCAAAUCUCAUUCGACAUCAGCGGCUCCACACCUCAUAGAGAGACACUAGAUGCUCGGAGUGUGGGGAAAAUGUCUAUCAGAUCUCAGCCCUUACUUAUCAUCAGCAAAUCUGCGAGGGAAUCAAACACCAUAAGGACCUUAUCUAGGGAUGACAAAUGUUUCUUUUUCUUUAAUAGUUUUGCUAAUUCCCUCUUAAAGGCUCUUUGAUGUAAUUGAUGUAUUUACGUGGCCUCUCGGGUCCCUCAGGUGGGUUCCUCGGUUUUCUCUUCUCUAGCUCGCCAUUCUUUACGUGAAUCCUGGGCUCCUUUCUAUCAGCUCCUUUAUUCCAAGUCAUGGCAGCAUGUGUCCCUCUUGCCAGGACUGUCCAUAAGCUCCAAGUGCGGGAGACAGUGUUACCCAGGGUGUCUAGAACCCAAGGCAAUGGUUACUUAACUGUUUCUUUUCUUUAGGAGGAGUUAGGAAUAAAUUAAUGGGGAGACAGGCUUUUUGUUUGACGAAUGAUUGGUACAAACGACCGUGCUUUUACCUAAAAUCAUUUUUCUGAGGUUUCGGCAUACACACGCGCGCACAGAUGCUGUCGCAGAAGGUUUAGAGCCUUUUAAACGUGCAUGAAAACCUCUUGCCUUAAAAGCAUAUUAAUUGCGGGGUUUUUUAAAGCUGCCUUUUGCUUGUUUUGGAUACUUACGCUGCCUUUGCGGUGAGGGAAUGAAGAAAGAAGAAGCAACUGGAGGGGGAGGAGUCUGCGGAGAAUGACUUAGGAAGGAAGGGAAACGUAAGCUAAGAGCAAAGUACAGAGAGCAACAACAAAUGUAGAAGCGGGCCAGAGCAUCUGGGAACCCGCCCGCCUCGCCCCUGUCCUGGAUCCGAGAGGAGUGCAGGGCUUACCACGACUUCCACCGGAGUGAGACCGGGGAUGGCAGCUAUUUUUGCCAGCCAACCGAUUUCUUUCUGCUGCCCUCGCCUGGUUAGGGGUGAAGGGUUUAAUCUUUAACCGUUUUUUUUCCCCCCUUCUUGGUCACCCCCUUGGGCUCCAGGGUUUUUUUUUACCGUGUUUGAGAGCCCAGCUUUGUCGUCUACGUUCCCCGUGAUCUGCCUCGGUUUUGUUUGGGGAUUUUUUUGGAAAGGCUGUAACUUUCUUUUGUCCUUUGCUUUUUAUUGUUUGCUGUUCUAAUUUAGACGCUUUUCCCCUCCGUCUGUUACUUUUCUGCUUACUAUUCCAUUCCCACAAUUUGCGCGGCCUGAGUUACACUAGUGAUGCAGAGGGAAUUUGGCUUCAAGCUGGAUCUAUGUAGUUUUUAUUUUAUUUUUUCUUUGCUUUUUAAUUUUUGCCUUUAAGUCGUUGAUUUUUUAAUUUAUUAUUAUUGUGACCAUCUGCUUACAGAGCUGCACAAUACUCUGGGGCCGAUAAAGGCUUUCAAAAACCAUUACCAUGCUUUUGUGCAAAACCAAUAAGUGGUUUUUAAAUAUUUAUUUUUAAUUUUUAUUUUUAGGGUGGGGGGUUUGUAUCUAUUUUUAACUUGACCAGACUACCAGCCUGAGCCCCGAGUUCCAGUAAUGGAAUGUAUUCGUAAAUUGACUUGCGGACUAAAUCACAGGGUGCUACCCUGCCCUGCCGUUCUUUCCUUUUGCACAGGAAACCAACCAACAAACCGUUGGUACCAAUCAUCUUCUCUCCACCAGUCCUCGUUGGCUCGCCCAAUCUAUUACCUAUGGGUUUUAGAACCCAAAGCACUGGUAAUUUAACUGGUUCUUGUUAGGCUGGGUUAUGAAUAAAUGAAAGGAAUAAAUAAGCAGGGAUCUCAUGGUCCCCUUCCUUCACACCUUUUCUGUUUCACAAAUGAUUGGCACAAACAAGAGGGCUUUUACCCAAAAUGACUGCUCCUAUCGUUAGUAAUGUAGGCAACGGUGGUUAAUGCUGAAAAGCUUCAGAAGGGUUAACCACCCACGCGUUCGACCGAAGGAGGACGCUUUAAUUGGCUUUGAGGUUGCAGUUUAAACGUGAACAAUCAUUUGGUUUUGGUACUGAAAUAUUUAACAGUUCCAUGUCGAUUGCACGGCCAGGGUGAAGUUCUGGGGUUGAGGUUUACAAUUAAAUGGACAGCUGCCUCCUUGGAUUCCUGUUUUAGGAUUCAUGAGGCUUGAUGAGCCGUUGUAUUAAUCUGGUCAUUUGGCUAAAUUGAUAACAUGAUCGCAAUGCAACAGCAUCGUUAACGCAUUGAUUUACUGAUUUUGACCUUAACGUAAGUGUGUCCACCCAACGGUUAGUUUAGUCAUGUGUACAGUGGUUUAGUCCUAGUGAUGUGUGUUCUUGAUUUUGGUUUCUUUCAGUUUAAUAAAAUGUAUAAAGGGGAA